AUGACUGACUCUAAGGGAAACUCUACUAUUCAUCGCUCACGUAGUUUAGUUGAUCAAGAUUUCCCUAUAACAGGUUCCCAGUCAAAUCCUUCAUCUUCCCAAGCUAUUUCUGAAUCAUAUUCAGAAAAAUCAGAUUUUGUUGAAGCUUCUAAAGGAAGCUCUCAUGAUUCUGCUUUUCCAGUUGAAGAUGAAUCUGCAACUUCUGUUUCUCAUCUUUCAAAUAGGAAAAGGUCGGGCUCAAAUGAUCGCCCCCCGAAUUCCCGCCUUGCAUCCUGUGCGAAUACCAAGGAGACUUCGAUCUCUGGACAGCUUAAUUUACCAGAUGAAGCGCCAUCUCGUCGUAUUUACGUGAAUCAUACGCCUGAUGAGCAUGUAAAUCUUUCAAAGCAGACGUUUCCUAGCAACAAAAUACGGACAAGCAUGUACACUCCUUUGAAUUUUGUUCCAAAGAAUCUUUACAAUCAGUUCAGAAAUGUUGCAAACGUUUUUUUUCUAUUUCUCAUUCUCCUCCAGUUAAUUCCUGCAUUUGCUGCAAGACAUUCUGCUUUACCCUUCAUUCCGUUAUCUAUAAUUCUCUUGAGUACAGGCAUCAAAGAUGGUUUCGAGGACUACAGAAGGUCUAUUCUCGACAAAAAAUUCAACCAUACUAUCACGUUUAAGCUAGUUGGAUGGAGAAAUGUUAAUUGCUCAAUGGAGCAUAUCGGGAUUUGGAGACGCAUUAAAAAAUUGGUUUCGCACACUGUUCGCUACAAUAUAAAAUCAUUCAAAAACGCUUCCCAGUUUCCACCUUAUGCCCCUUCAGUAUUGUAUUCUGAAAGAAACAGCCGCGAUUCUUAUUCGUCUAAUUUCUCUCUCAUGAGCGCCCGAGAGGGCAUCGAGGCUUUAGGCAUGGGAAACGCAUCACUCUUUCAAAAUUUUUCCGUAGUCACCAAAGGACCUCCUCAAUCUUCCGAAGCUCAUUUUGAACCCGUCUAUCGAAAGAAAAUUCAAGUGGGUGAUAUCGUUCGUGUUCGUGCCAAUGAAGCAAUUCCUGCCGACCUUUUGAUACUAUCAACGGAAAACAAAGAAGGUGUUUGCUAUGUCGAGACAAAAAAUCUCGAUGGGGAAACAAAUCUUAAGGACAAGUAUUCUCUUCAUUCCACUAAAGAAUGCCGAUCCGAGCUAGAGUGCUCCUCUGCGUCUUUCUGGAUUCAUUCCGAAGAACCACAUUCAGACUUGUAUAACUUGAUUGGCGUCUUAAAAGCUCAAGUUCCCGAUAACAUAAGUCAAACUACAGAAAAUACUUCUGCUAUAAAACAAGAACCUUUUAACAUGUCCAAUAUAGCUCUUUGCGGUUGUACCCUUCGAAACUCGAAGUGGAUUAUAGGCCUAGCUUUAUAUACAGGCCCUGAAACACGGAUUCAAAUGAAUCGAGGUGUUACUCCUUCAAAACGAAGCCGGAUUACAAGGGAACUCAAUUGGACUAUCGCUUUAAAUUUUGUACUUCUUUUUCUGAUGUGUAUCAUCUCUGGUCUUUUAAGGAUGGUAUUUUCAGCUCGCCAAAAUUCUGCAAAGGUUUACGAGUUUUAUGAAUUAUCAAAAGCGACCGCUUCGGUACCUGUUCAGGGUAUUGUAAGCAUUUUCACCUGCUUGAUCCUUUUUCAAAACUUGGUGCCCAUCUCGUUAUACAUCACAAUCGACAUAGUUCGUACGAUGCAAUCCUUUUUUAUUUACAGUGAUAUUGAAAUGUACGACGAAAAGCUUGAUUAUCCUUGCUCACCGAAGUCUUGGAACAUUUCAGAUGAUCUGGGCCAAAUUGAGUAUGUCUUUUCUGACAAAACUGGAACCCUGACUCAAAACGUUAUGUAUUUUAAACGGACUACUAUAAACGGUAAAGUGUAUGGAGAAGCUUAUACUGAUGCCACACGCGGUUUUGAUAGAGCUGUUGGUCGUAGUAAUGCCAAACAACGGCUAAAUGAGAUUGAAGAGGAUAGAGAUGAAAUGAUUAAGUUGAGCAAAUACGGAAGCCCGGAGACUUCUACCUUUGUCUCAAGUACGCUUGUUAGGGAAUUACAGUCGCCAACUGAGCAGUCAACAUACUGCAGAAAGUUUUUUACCGUAUUGGCUCUCUGUCACUCUGUUGUUACAGACGGACAUGGUGACUCUUUGGUAUAUAAUUCUCAAUCCCCAGACGAAGAAGCAUUAGUAAAAGCUGCUUGCAAUCUUGGGUUUAUACUUAAAAGUACGAAAAACAAGCGUUAUAUUGUUGAAAUACUUGGAAAGCGCGAGCGAUUCCAAGUUUUAGAUAUCAUUCCAUUCACAUCAGCAAGGAGACGCAUGAGUAUUAUUAUCCAGGACAAAGAUAAGCAAAUAUAUCUAUAUUGCAAAGGAGCAGAUAGUGUGAUACUAAACAGGUUGGCAGAAAAUAAUUCAAACGAAUUAAUCGAGAAAACAGCGCAGGAUCUCUCCCUCUUUGCUGCAGAAGGAUUUCGGACGCUGUGUAUUGCUGAAAGAAAAUUGGAGAAGAACGAAUACCUGGAGUGGAAAGUUAAAUUUAAUGAGGCUAGUUUAGCCUUACAUGAUCGAAAUGAAAAAAUCGAUCAAGUCUCAAAUUUGGUUGAAAAGGAAUUAUCUUUACUGGGAGGAACUGCAAUUGAAGACAAACUUCAAGACGGCGUGCCUGAAACGAUAGAUUUGCUUUCAAGAGCAGGAAUUAAGUUAUGGGUAUUGACUGGUGACAAAGUCGAAACCGCUACUAACAUUGGGUAUUCUUGCAACCUGUUGGAAAGCGGCAUGUCAAUUAUCCAUAUAAAUUCCAGUUUUUCUGAACCAGAACAGAUCAAGGAUUACAUCCUGAAGAAUUUAUCUACGCACUUUGGGUUGGAAGGAAGCGAAGAGGAGUUCAAAAUCAUGAUGCAGAAUCAUGACCCUCCUUCAACUAAGUAUGCCGUUGUUAUAGACGGAAGCGUUUUGAGCAUGGUGCUUGAGAGUGAGUUUGCUUAUCAAUUUGUGAUGUUGUGCAAGAAUUGUAGGACUGUUUUAUGCUGUAGGGUCAGCCCUUCACAAAAAGCAGCUGUCGUAUCUUUAGUUAAACGAUCGCUAGAUGUCACCACACUUGCUAUUGGUGAUGGUGCCAACGAUGUGUCGAUGAUUCAGCAAGCAGAUAUCGGAGUAGGAAUAGCUGGUCUCGAGGGUCAAGCAGCAGCAAUGGCUUCAGACUAUGCUGUGGGCCAAUUUCGAUUUUUAUCUCGCUUACUUUUGGUACACGGGCGCUGGAAUUACAAAAGGACUUCCCAGUUGAUUUCAAACUUUUUUUAUAAGAAUGUCAUAUGGACUUUUACUUUAUUUUGGUAUCAACUCUUCAAUGAGUUCGAUGGUAAUUAUAUCUUCGAUUAUACUUACGUGAUGUUAUUCAACUUGCUUUUCACUUCUGUUCCCGUUAUUGUAAGUGGUUGCUUUGAUAAAGACGUGGAUGCUGAAGCGUCUCUCAAGUAUCCUCACUUAUACAAGUCGGGUAUUUUGCGACAAGAAUGGAGUAAAAGGAGAUUUUGGCUGUCCGUUUUGGAUGGGAUUUAUCAAUCAAUGGUCUGCUUCGGUGUGGCCCUUUUUGUUUUUUAUGCUGGCAAUUUUGUAAGUCCUACUGGCCAUCAGACCGAGUCAAUUGAAGACAUUGGCUUGUUCAUAUCGUCACCAGCGAUAUUUGUCAUCAACACGUAUAUCCUCAUAAAUCAAGAGAGCUUAGAUCUUGUUUCUGUGGGUACAUGGUUGUUCAGUUUAAUCGUAUUUUGGUUUUGGACUGGAGUUUAUUCGGAAAGCUUGGAUUCGAAUGCGUUUCAUAAAUCAACUUUUCGAGUGGGUAGAACAUUGGCGUUCUGGGUAGUGAAUUUACUAACAAUUGUGGUAUCUUUAUUUCCUCGUUUGUCCACUAUUUUAGCACAAAAGUUAUUUUUUCCUAGGGAGGUUGACAUGCUGAAAUGGAAAAUUAAAAGAGAAGAAGGUCUACACAUGGAAGAUCAGGCUUCUACGGUCGAAGUUUCAACAGCACCGCCUUCUUUAUCUACUUCUGUAAGAGAUGAUUCUCCAAAUGUUUCUUACGGACGUUCCAGAUUUUCACUAUCCCUACCAUCUUCGCAUUCUGUAGCUUCUACGAAGCGUCCACAAACGAUAGCUUAA